CGCCCAGGCAUUUUAGUCGCUUUCUGAAAUCAUUGAAUUUUUUCCAAAAAAAAUAUAUAGAUAUUUACGUCGUAUAUUGUAUUCGACUUUCGAGAAAAUGAAGAGCUUUUCCGCAAUCGCCGUGUCAUUUGUUUUGGCCUUUUUCGCGGCCAACACGUCUGCACAAGACUCGUUCAUCGGACAAGACACUUGUGACAUUAAGUAUAACUUGCACGAAAACUUGGCUUCGAUGCUCACCAACAGCGCAGGCGUGGAAUUACUCAACGAAUUGCGACAGAACAUCAAAGACAUCUGCUUGGACCCGAAGGCCCACAACGCCAUCGUUGCCCUGUUGGACGGUGUCAUGGACGUGACGACCGACACCAAUGUCUCGCAGUCCCUGGGAAACAUAUUCUACUGGGCCAGGAAGAUCAUGAAAGACCCCAAAUUCCGUGUCGUCUGGCACGAGAACAUGAAGGGCGUCAACAUGUGUUUCGAUAACAUCGCGGUCACCAGACAGAUAACGGACACGCUAAUAGACAACUUAGUAUUAUUGUUGAAUAACCCCCAAUUCGACUCGACAUUUGAAUCGGUGAUCAAAAAUCUGUCCAAGGUGAUCAACUUCCGCAAGAACAUAAUGUUCAAAGCUGCGGGUGCCUUAUUUUCCAAACCAGCAGCCCCGAAGAGUCGUUCGAAUUUCAGAAACCGCCAGCAAUAAUAUUGCAAUGUGUCCGUGACAACACAAGCUUAUAGAUAAAAAAAAAAAAUUAUAAUAAUAAAACAAGACUUUGCAUAAAAGUAAAAUUAAAAAUAAAAAUUAUUUUUUCAAACGUUUUUCAUUCAUAAAACAAACAAUAAUAUUGUGAAUCAUUUUUGAUCGGUUAUUUGUAACUAUUAUUACUGUACAUAAUACCCAUGAUAUCACACGACUGUAAUACGAAUAAUAUUGUAAGACAAUAAAACAUGGGACGACUGAGUUUCUCGUUAUAACCCAUAUGAUAGUUACACACACAGA